CGCGCGGGACGCGGCCCGAGGCCGGGCGCCAGCCGGGGCAGCGGGCGGCGGCGCGCGCCAUGUCGUUCAGUGAGAUGAACCGUAGGACGCUGGCGUUCCGAGGAGGCGGGUUGGUCACUGCCGGCGGCGGCGGCGGCGGCUCCGCGAACAAUAACGCUGGCGGGGAGGCCUCGGCUUGGCCUCAGCCACCCCAGCCAAGACAGCCCGCACCGCCCGCGCUCCCGCAGCCCAAUGGGCGGGGGGCCGACGAGGAAAUGGAAUUGGAGGGCCUGGAGCCCCAAGACGUGGAGGCCUCCGCCGAGGCCGCCGCCGAGGAGACCAAGGAGUUGCUGCUCCCCCAGGACGCGGGCGGCCCCACCUCGCUGGGCGGCGGCGCGGGGGGCCCCCUGCUAGCGGAAAGGAACCGUCGGACUCUGGCCUUCCGAGGCGGCGGCGGCGGCGGGGGUCUAGGCAACAAUGGCAGCAGCCGCGGCCGGCCCGAGCCCUCGGCGUGGCCCCCGAGGCAUUUCAAUGGGCGAGGGCCGGCGAAUGUGGAGCUGGAGCUGGACGCGCUGGAGAGCAAGGAGUUGAUGCAGGACGGCGCUUCCCAGAGCGACAACACCGAGGACGAGGAGGAGGGGGCGAGCCCAGGCGACGGCAGUGGGGCGGAAGGCGGCAGCUGUGGCCACAGCGGGCGGCCGGGCGGCGAUGGCGGGGACGAAGUGGAGGGCAGCGGUGUGGGAGCCGGCGAAGGGGAGACUGUACAGCACUUGGCGCUCGCCCGGCCCAAGUCCCUAAUGCAGAAGCUCCAGUGCUCCUUCCAGACCUCCUGGCUCAAGGACUUUCCCUGGCUGCGCUAUUCCGACGAUACUGGCCUUAUGUUUUGCGGCUGGUGCCAAAAGACCCCUGAGGAUGGAGGAAACGUGGACCUUCCCCAAGUGGGGCAUGAUGAGCUUUCGCGAGGGACCCGCACCUACAAGAAAACCCUGCUCCUGAGGCACCACGUCUCUGCCGAGCACAAACUCCACGAAGCCAACGCCCAGGAGUCAGAAAUACCAGCGGAGGAAGGGUACUGUGACUUUAAUAGUAGGCCAAAUGAGAACUCUUAUUGCUAUCAACUUCUUCGACAACUAGAUGAACAAAGGAAGAAAGAUAUUCUUUGUGAUGUCAGCAUUGUGGUAAAUGGGAAAAUCUUUAAAGCUCACAAGAACAUCCUGGUUGCAGGCAGCCGUUUCUUUAAGACUUUAUAUUGCGUCUCAAACAAAGACAGCCCUAACCAAAAUAAUACUACCCAUUUAGAUAUUGCUUUAGUUCAAGGUUUUUCAGUCAUCUUGGACUUCUUGUAUUCGGGUAACUUGGUGCUCACUAGCCAAAAUGCCAUUGAAGUGAUGACAGUGGCCAGCUACCUUCAGAUGAGUGAAGUCGUUCAUACUUGCCGAAAUUUCAUUAAAGAUGCCUUAAAUAUAAGCAUUAAAUCAGAAGCUCCAGAGUCUGUAGUGGUGGACUAUAAUAAUAGAAAAUCGAUCAAUAGAGAUGGUCUGUCUUCAUCACGGGAUCAAAAAAUUGCCAGCUUUUGGGCAACGCAGAAUCUUACUAAUUUGGCAAGUAAUAUAAAAAUAGAGAAUGAUGAUUGUAAUGUCAGCGAGGGCCAAAUGGAAAACUACCAAACAAGUGACAGUAAUUGGGCCCAGCGUGGUUCUCCUGAAUUGGCUGAAAACGAGUCUCCAGGUCAAGGAAAAGUGUUUAUUUGGAAUGAUAUAGGUUCCCAGGGAAUUCAAGAGACUGGCAAAACAAGGAGGAAAAAUCAAACUACAAAGAGAUUUGUUUAUAAUGCAUCACCUAAUAAUGAAACAAAUUUAGAAGAUUCCUCAGUGAUGCAGCCACCUGUUGCCCAUCCAGAAGAGAAUAAGACCCUAACCAUCAAGCAAGAACCAGAUUUGGACGGUGCUCUAUUCUCGGGGCCAGAUGGUGUAAAUGCAAGUCUAUUGGCUGAAGCCUGGUGUACUCAAGAUGGAGGUGAUGCUGGUACUUCACAUGAUUAUAAGUAUGGUUUGAUACCUGGCCUGUCAAGUGAUUACAAGUAUGGAUUGCUACCAGGUACUUCAAAUGAUUAUAAGUAUGGGUUGCUACCAGGUGCUUCAAAUGAUUUCAAGUAUGGAUUACUGCCAGAAUCUUGGCCAAAACAAGAAACUUGGGAAAAUGGUGAAUCAUCUCUAAUCAUGGUGAACAAGUUAAAAUGCCCUCAUUGUAGCUAUGUAGCCAAAUACAGACGAACACUAAAAAGGCACUUGCUUAUUCAUACGGGAGUGAGAUCAUUUAGCUGUGAUAUUUGUGGGAAGCUGUUUACUCGAAGAGAACAUGUAAAAAGACAUUCCUUGGUGCAUACAAAGGAUAAAAAAUACAAAUGUAUGGUGUGUAAGAAGAUCUUCAUGUUAGCAGCCAGUGUUGGAAUAAGACAUGGAUCUCGUCGCUAUGGUGUUUGUGUAGACUGUGCAGAUAAAUCACAGCCAGGAGGGCAAGAAGGUAUAGAUCAGGGACAGGAUACAGAAUUCCCUCGGGAUGAAGAAUAUGAGGAGAAUGAAGUACGAGAAGCUGAUGAAGAGCUAGUUGAUGAUGGAGAAGAUCAGAAUGAUCCACCUCGAUGGGAUGAAUCAGAAGAUGUUUGUGUGCCCCUGGAUGAUUAACUGACCUACUAUACUCCUCAAGGAUGCUGCAUUUGGACAUAAUAUGAAUCGACAAUUUGGAUUGUUGAACUUGAAGGCUUGCAAAAUAUGGUACAUGCUGGAUGGUAGUUAUGUUGCUGUGAAAACUGUAGGGUCAAAGCCUUAUAGCAAAAAAAAAAAAUUUUUUUUUUUAUAUUUGCACAGGACUGUACAGCGAACAACCAUGUGGUUGCUUACAUGGAGUCCCCCACAUAUUCAGUCAGUUAUCAAAGUAAAAUAUUUUUUAUUUAUAGGAUAUACAGUAACUAUUUGGGUCCUAUAAAAAUAUAGUACCUGUCCUUAAUAGCUUACAUUCAUGUGCUGCUUUAACAUGAAUGAAGAAAAUCCAUUUAUGGAAGUACAGUGACAGCUGACCCAAUCACUCUGUCCAUCAAACCACUCAGGCUAGUUUGUACUAGUAGAGUUUUGUUUCUAUUUUUAUUUUUAUUAAUUUUAUUUUUUUUAAUACAGAUUUUUCAGUGAGGGGCUUUUUCAACCCCAUUGGUUCUAUUUUCUUGUAUUUUUUCCAUUUUAAUUUGCUUCAUAACUUAAACAAAAUCUCCUAGUCUUAGGUAUUAUUUCUCAAUUUUGUGCUGAUGGGCAUGUGUAUGAGAACUGGAGAGGUAAUUUAUUGGAAUGAACUGACUUCCCCCAGCCCCUUUCCUUUUUUGACAUGAAUUUUACAAAUGAAGAAUAAUGUUGCAAAGUUAAUGUGGCAAAGUUGACAAAGACCACUAAAAUGAUUAUGAUUUAGAAGUAACUUUUUCCUGCUGCUCUAAUCUGAAAAAUGGUUACUCUAUGAUGUUUUUUUACAUGGUAUUUGGUUUUGGGUAUCUGUUACUUUGGCACUAUUCUUGUUUGCCUCUUAUUUUUGCCAGUGUACUAUACCUCAGCCUUAUUUGAGAGACAGAAAGUGGAUUUUAAAAAGUCAUAGAAACAAUAAGUAAAGUAAUUUGUUUUAUAAUUUAUCUUCCAUGUCCAGUUUGGUUAGCUUGUUAUGCAAUAUAAGUGAAAUAUCAGGUUUCUAUUCCUGUGCCCUUUUUAUCAUUAAAAUUAACACAAAAUGCGUUCUCUUGUUUCAUACUUACUGGGAUAUUGAGUUUUUGAAAUUAUUGUUGAUUUAUUAAGUUAAUUUAUUUUUUCAUUCCCUAAAUUCACUACACCUUGAUACAGUCUGUAGUCACUGUAACUUAACAGUGUGCAAAAAUCAUACAAAAAAAUUGUUGAGAGGCUUUAUUCUAGUAUCUAAAUUUUUCAGGGUACAAAGGGUGGUAUAUUAAGUUGCUAUUGUUAGAUUUAUUUAGGUAACAAAUGAAUUAGCUGAUUGUGGAACUCUCAGCAACAUUUCAUGUAUUAACAUAGACAACAUUUAUUGGGAGCAUAUUCUAUAUUAUAUAAGAUUGAGGGACAUCAUAUUUUCAGCUUUCUUUUAAAUAAAAAUCAAGUAUAUUUUCCUAUUUUAUAUCAGGUGACUAAAUUAUGCUAGUUGUGUGGGAAAAAUUGCAGAUACUUUGACAGAUGACAAUGCUUUUGGUGCUCCAUCUGAUCAAAGUUGAAAACAGUUGAUUUUUUAAACAAGAUGUAUCCGUUUCUCUGAUUUCAAUAGAAUAAUGGUGUAAUGUUAGGCAAUGAACUUUCUGCUUGGUUAAAUCAAAGAAGAAAAUCACAGUUACAUGGUUAGUUGUACCUUUUGUCAUCCAAACUUUCUUGUAGUUUAUACAUAACUGUAAGCCUGACAGAGGAAUAGUUUGGUUUGAUUUUUGCUUAAAACUGAAGACUACAUCUUAUUCUCAGUGUUCUAGAUGAAUGAGUAAAAUAUAAUUCUAGUGAGGUCCAAAAUAGAAAUUAGUUGGGCAAAGAUACUAUGAAUGAAAAUUAUUUUAAACAUAAAAUGUUCUGCUUUGUGAAUAUGUAAGUAUAGUAUAAAGAUUUCUCUCAUCCUGUUUUAUCCCCUUUAAACCAUAGUUUACAAUUGGUAGAUCUGUCUAUAUAUAAAUAUAUAUUAAAGAGCAAAGAUAUAUAUCUAAAAAAAUCACCUAAAUCUGCUUUAUUAGGCUAUAGUUCACUUAUUGCAUAGAAACUGGACUUGGCUUUACAUUCUUAAUGUACUUUUACUUUUCUUCAAGAUAUGAACUUACUCUCUUGAAACUGAAUUUUCUUUUAUUACUUAAAUCAUAUUUGUAUAUCUGGUAAAUUAUGACCAAAUUUUUGUUAGGUUGCAUACAGUAAAUUGAAAUACACUCUUGGUACACUACGGGAUUGUUGUGCUUUUGUUUUGGUUUUAGUUGGAAAUAAGGUUUGAUGUAGAUGGCUUGUUACUGUUAAUUUAAAAUAUUCUAUAAUUGUCCAUUAAUUUUUAAUGUUGUAUUGUGACAUAUUUGGCUAUAUUUUUUAGUCAUCUGACAUAUGAUAUUUUAAAAGUUUGUUUUUAGGUAAUCCAAAGGAAAAAAUGUUUAUACUCUUGAAUAUAUUAGCCUCAGCCUAUAUAAAAAUUUCCUUGAAGUAAACAUUUUACCAGAAACAAAAUUGACAGAUUUUUCUACUUGCUGACUGCCUAACUUAUUUUGUUUCAUGAUCUCGAGGGACUGCCUAUUUCCCUUCUAGAUCUUUUUUUAAAAAUAGUUUUAGUACUAAGGUAUACUACUGGAUGUUUCUAUUUUUUUAAGUAUAUUCUUUUUUCUGACUUAAAGUACAACAAUUUCAGGAAGUUGAUAGAUAUUAAGGACUUAUGAUUGGUCUCAGAGGUAUCAGUGGAAUGAGUACUCAUAGUUUUGUCUGUGAAACUCUGGCAGAAUUAUGUGUUACACAUUUGGUGAAGUUUUCUCUUGUAAUUUAUAUUUUAAAUGAAAAAUAUUUUAGAGCUUUUAAUUUUAAUUAAGGGGAAGUUUAUAAACUUUCACAUUCACUCUGUAGUAACAGGCCCUUUCAUAAACCAAGAUCAUAUUAUUUUUUAAGAUUCUUGAAACAGUUACUUCCAUCUGGUUCCCUUUGUCAUGGUUCUUGGCCCUCAUUUUAGAUAAUUUGCUAAAUUUUAGCAUCCUAGCAAUUGAGAGCUUAUUUAAAAAAACACUGUAUAGGAAGGGGAACCUGGACAUGUAGCUGUGAAAAUUUUUUUGUGGGAGGAGAUGCUAGCUAAUUUAAAUGGAGCCAUCCUGAGAGAGAAGAGUGAGUGAAUGAGUUAAUGGAAAGUUCUUAGAACACUGGUACAUCCUAGGUAUACCAUACAUUUUAGUUGUUUAAUGACAAAUGUGAACCAUGAGAAAAGAUAGUGGAAAGCAGGAAGCAAAUAGGAAAUGAAAGGAUUUGGACUUGGAAUUUGUAUCAAUACAAUAUAAUAAUAAAACCUAAAGAUGACUCGAACCGUGUAUUAUGAAGAAAAUAUGAAAAACCAGGGUUAUUUUUAAUGUUGAAAUUUAAAACUUCAAAAGCAUUUUUUAUGAUUUUCUGAACAGAGCAUGAAAGGUUUUAGAUUCAUUUUUCUGAGUAAUGAUUCCAGAAGCUACCAAUGCUUUUUGAGUGCCCACACUUGCCAUUAUGCUGUAUGCAUUAUUUCACCCUUCUGAGGUAGGUGCUAUUUUCUCCAUUUUAUAGACAAGGAAAGGCUCAGAUUCAGAAUCUUGCCAAAUUUCAUGCAGCUGUAAUAGAGCUGAGAUUUGGUCAGGUCUGAUUCUGAAGCUCAUGAUUUCUAGGAGGCUGUCGUGCUGCCUCAUUAAACAACUUUUUUUGUAGAAUUGCAACUCUUUAAAGAAGUCUGUCUAUGGAGAUUUAUAUUGACUCUAUAAAAUAGCUAUGUUAGAAAUUUUGUGUGUCCUUCCCCCAGAUAAACAUCCUUACUACUAUUUCUUUUUGAUAAAGCAAUUGUUUUGUCAUUUGGUCUUAAAUAAGACACAACCCCAGUGUAGCAUAUGCUGUUAGUGGGUUGUGGCAUUUUCAUUUUUAAAAAGAUGAUUUUUUUAAACUGAAGACUAGAUAUGAACCCCAGUUUUUGUGCCGUUCAGUCACCCGGAUCCUUAAACUUACAUGGUACAUAAUAUACACUCUUAGAAAUAACAAACAGGCAUUUUUCUUAUAAUCACAUUAGGAUUUAAAAAUGGAAAGUGGUUUUUUUCCUGCUGUAUCCCUGCUUUCAACUGAAGUUAAACACUUCUCAGUAGUUCAGAAUGCAUUAGGGAUAAGCACACUUUAAAAGAUGUUUUCUAACCCCGAAUUUUAUGACAUCUGUUGAGAACAAAAUUUUGAGUUAAGGAGAGAAAUGGUUGAGGCCAUUAUGAAAUGGGAGAAUCAACAUUUUAAACACUGUAAGCAUAAAAGAACACUUUUUUUUUUUCUGCCUGCUGUUUGUAAAAGCUCUCUGGGAGGAUCUUUUACGAAGACCAAUUUUUUAAAAUGUAAUUUACCUACCUAAUAUAAGUGUCCUAAGACAUGUAUGUAAACUUCCAAAACUGUUUUGUCUGUGUAUUUAGAAAAUACACAAGAAUCUUUUAUCAAACCUAAAAAUAUAAACUUGUGAGCACUAAA